UGCUGCAAUUUGCGGAUGAUAUCUUGCUGUUGGUUAAAUCUGAAUCAAGAACCGGACCAGAGAGUCUGAUGCAGACAGCUUUGAAUCGUCUGCAAAGUCUUCGGAACAAUCGUCUGCGGAGCUGGGCAGACGGCUUGAAGCUUACUAUUAACGCUCUUAAGACCCAGUGCAUCGCUUUCACGCUUGGAAAUGCCAAGUUCUUACCGAAGUUGUCUUUGUAUGGUCAGCAGCUGAAAUGUAAACCGACGCUAAGGUAUCUGGGUAUAAUCCUAGAUUCAGGCCUGAGCUGUCGGGCAAACGUUUAUGCCCCGGUGGGUAAUCUCAAGGCUAG